AUGAAUCGGAUGGAGGAGAACGGACGGAGAUGUCUCCUAAUCUCUCAGUCGUCGCCGCCGGUAGCGGGCCACCAAGUGGGGAGCCACAUAUUGCAGUCGAACGUUGUCGAGGCUACGCCGGCGAGCCACGCAUCAAUCGCGCCGUUCCUCACCUCACUCUGCCUCACUCUCAGUCACUGUCUCUCUGUCACGCCCGCCGGCUGUCGCCUCUCUUCUCACGCCGACGGCCCGUCGCCUCUCUUUUCCUGUGACCCCGUCGCCUCUCCUCAGUCCUCAGUCCUCACGCACGUUGCACUCUCGGCGUCUCGGUGCUCUUUCAGAUUUAAUGCUUGCGGUAUAAUAGCCUGUUGUUCUGUGGAUGUAUUUACUUGUAAAGUUGUAGGUUGUAGCUCAGGUUAUUGUUUAAAGCUUUUGAUGUUAAAGGACCUGGAACAAUCAGAUAAUUCUUUUUUAUCCUCAAUGGGUCGCCACGAUUCGGAAUCACCUGUCCGUAGAAGGAGCCCCUCCAGGAAGGAAAGGUCACCUACUCGAUACAGGAGCCGCAAUAGGUCACCAAAACGUGCUAGGUCGAGGUCCCCUGAACCUCGUUCGCUUGCCCGGGAUAAUCGUGAAAAAUCCCCAGAACAUCAAAGAUCUCCACCUAUCUCCCGUUCGCCAGUUAGACAAAGAUCUUCUAAUAGAACCAGGUCACCGAGGUCAAGGCCCUCACCACCUACUUCAGCUGCCAAAGAGAAACUGUCUUCUCGAACUAGAUCCCCAAAACAAGCGCAGUCGAGGUCCCCAUCACCUGGAAAAAGAAGAUCUUCAAUUCGAGUCAAAUCUCCAAGAAGAGCUAGGUCGAAAUCUCUGGAUUCUCAGUCUCUUUCGCCACGUAGUAGAAGGUUGAAGAGAGUUAAGGCCGAACGAGCUGCCGUGAAAGGGAAUGGGAUAGAAAAUGAAAGAAACCACAUGAGGAAGGGCGAGAGGAAUGAGGAAAAAGAUUCAACCAGGGAUUUGGCUGUUGAAAGAAAAGAUAGAAGGUCUGAAUGGGAUGAGGCUGGCAGUGGUUCGAAUAGUUUGAGGUCGAGGCACAGGCGUUCGCGUUCACCUUCUGGUCAUCAUAACAGGGGUGAAAGAAGGUCAAGAUCGCCUGUUAGCCGAGGACGUGAUGAGGUGUCUGGCAUGGUACUCUGCUUUAUUGCGUUGAACUCCUUAUUGGAAAGAGCUUUAGAUUCUAUGAGGACAUUAACUGAUUGUUUCUCUAAAUUUAUGCAGCGUAGAAGCUCGAGGGAUCCUGAGCAGCGGAACGGUGAUAGUGAUUCAAUAGCUAAGAUGAAGGCUGUUGAGGAGACAUUGGACGCAAAGGAAAAACAAAAGCCUUCUUUUGAGCUUUCUGGAAAACUUGCGGCUGAAACAAAUCGAGUCAGAGGUGUAACACUGCUAUUUAAUGAGCCACAUGAUGCUCGGAAGCCAGAUAUAAGGUGGCGAUUGUAUGUUUUCAAGGGUGGUGAAGUGCUUAAUGAACCUCUGUAUGUACAUCGUCAAAGUUGCUAUCUUUUUGGUAGAGAGAGGAGGGUUGCAGACAUCCCCACAGACCACCCUUCUUGCAGCAAACAACAUGCUGUUCUUCAGUACCGGCAAGUUGAGGAAGAGCUCCAAGAUGGGUCCAUGUCAAAACAAGUGAGGCCUUAUCUGAUGGAUCUUGGGAGCACAAAUGGGACCUCCAUUAAUGAUAAUAAAAUAGAACCUCAACGGUACUAUCAACUGUUUGAAAAGGAUACCAUCAAGUUUGGUAAUAGCAGCCGUGAAUACGUUCUCUUACAUGAGAAUUCUUCUGGAUGAUGCUUUUAUCGGGUCACGGUCAAAUACAUUAGUGUGAGAAGUAACAUUUUCGAAUACCCAAAGUACUUGCAUGUUAUGUCUGGGUAGGCAUCAUCUCUCCAGUAUGUUCAAGAUUAGCAAAUUUUUGAAGCCUCAAUGUAACUGAUACUUGCCUGAUCUCUGUUUUUCUAUGGUAAAUUACACUGAGUUUUGUUCUUGAGCUUGUAGAAUGAAUGCAGCCCAUUCUCCUGUAAAUUAUUGAAACGAAGUAGGUUAAAAUUGGUGGUCUACUUAGCUCGACCCAAACAUGAACCCAUGUGUUCUUAACUAUUGUGGCACUUUGUGGAGGAAAAUGGAAAUUGCUAAUUGUCUUUUUCUUUUACAUUUUUUUUUUUUUUUUUUCUUUUU